CACUUUAAGGUUCUCAAGUUAGGAAAUGGGGAACAGCUAGGUUAGAUAAGUGUAUAAUAUUAAAUCCAUCAAAUUCUUAAUAGACAUACCAUAUACAGAUAUGUACUUUCAAAUGUAAUCAAAGAAUCGUUUGUUUUGGUUUUUUUACAUUACAUUUCGAUAUCAUGAUAAUAAACUAAAGACCUAAAUGGAAAUGUUGACCUACAAUGUACAUUUUAAGAUAAUAAUUAGAUUAAAUUCUACCUAAAAUCAUCAGUAACCGUUUGUUUAAGUAUUGUUCGCAGCUGUAGGCAUUUUACUGAAAUAAUGAUAUUUUAAAAUACGUAGGGUGUGGUAAACAAUGAAUAAUUUUGCUUUUAAAAUUGUAUGAACGUGGAAUUAAUAAUUAUUUGAUCAUGGAAGAACCAACUUUACGAUAUGAAAAAAUUGACUUUUUGGGCGAAGGACAGUUUGCAACUGUGUACAAAGCAAAGGAUGCAAAAACAGACAAAAUUGUUGCUGUGAAGAAAAUUAAGAUAGGAUCACGUCUCGAAGCUCAAGACGGAAUUAAUAGAACUGCUCUUAGAGAAAUUAAACUGUUACAGGAACUGCAGCAUAUAAAUCUAAUUGGAUUAUUGGAUGUAUUCGGACAGAAAUCAAAUGUGUCGCUGGUGUUUGACUUUAUGGAUACAGACUUAGAAAUAAUAAUAAAGGACAAUACUAUUGUACUUACCCCAGCUAAUGUUAAGGCAUACAUGAUAAUGACUUUGAAAGGCUUAGAAUAUUUACAUCAGAAUUGGAUAUUACACAGGGACUUAAAACCUAAUAAUUUGCUAAUAAAUAGAGAAGGUAUUUUGAAAAUUGGUGACUUUGGUUUAGCCAAGGCUUUUGGAUCACCGACAAGAAUAAACACACAUCAAGUUGUUACGAGAUGGUAUAGAGCUCCAGAACUACUAUUUGGAGCGAGGCAGUAUGGAACGGGUGUGGAUAUGUGGGCUGUUGGAUGUAUUUUAGCAGAAUUGCUUUUAAGAGUUCCAUUUUUACCUGGCGAAUCAGACUUAGAUCAGCUCUCUAGGAUAUUCCAAGUGUUCGGAACACCAACAGAAGAAAACUGGCCUGGUAUGAAGACUCUCACAGAUUAUGUGCAAUUCAAGCUGUUUCCCGCUCAAGAACUACGGCAUAUAUUCAGUGCGGCGUCUGAAGAUCUUAUAUUUUUAUUGGAGAGCCUUUUAGCUCUGUACCCGCCAAAUCGAUGUGAUUGCACGCAGGCCUUGCAAAUGGCGUAUUUUAGUAGUAAACCGGCGCCAUCGGUCGGCCCUAAGUUACCGAUGCCUUCGAAUAUUUCAAAACUAGAGGUGGAAAAGCCGUCUUUGAAAAGAAAACUCCUGGACAACAUUGAUGGAGGCUCACUAGCGAAAAGACUACAAUUUUAAUGUUAUUCCAAUUUAGUACAAUAAUUUAAGUGCAAUUUAGACAAAUAAAAGAUGUAUGGUUGACUUUGUCAUAAUUGAACCACUUGGAAUGUUUUAUUAAAAGGUUGUCGUUGACUAAGAGUAAAAAAGUUGACUGAUCUUUUUAAAAAUAUAAUAAUUAAUAAUAGCGACGAUCCCUACGUAUAAAGCGAUAUAAUAACAAAACAAAUUUUAGUGUUUUAUAAGAACGCUAUAAAGAUGCAUUUAAUAUAAAUUAUAUAUAAUAAAGUAUAUAUAUCUUUUUUUUUUAUGUUUCAAUAUACAACUUGUUAAAACGUUUUAGCGGGAUAUUUUUCAACAAACAAAUUUCUCAAAAAUUUCUCACCUACGUGGUACGCCGCGUAAAGUAAUGUAAAAUAAUAUCAAUUAAGUUGAAGUGUGCAUUUGCCGUGAAUGCAAGUAUUUGGCAACCUUACAAGAUAAUUAAAUUUUACAAAUAUUAAGUUCCAAGUUCUUACGAUACGUGCGUUCUACGUAACGUUGGAGCGCAUUUAAAUACAUUUUGGUAAGAUUAAUAAAGCUCACCGACUGAUGUUCUCUUAUAAUUUGCAUUAUUUUAAACACAUCUUUAAACAUUUUAGAGUCGUCGGUGAGCUAAUUAUACUGAAUACUGUAAAUAGCCUUGUAGACUAACAAUGGAGCAAGUCUGAUAUUUUUAAAUGAAUUAGUUGAAUACAAGUCACGUUGUCGAAUAAAUUUGACAAGUUAAAUAAUACUUUAAUAUAAUACAUUAAUUUCGAAGUUAAUAAAAAAUACAUUUUUAUAUAAAACAAUUUUGUGAAUAUGACAUUGAAGGAAACAUGGGUAAAGCUUGAAGCUUUAUUAAAAAUAAUUAUUUAAAAAGUCAAAUGAAACAUUUUUUUGACAUUUUAAAAGUAUUCGUUAUCAUUAAAAAAAAUUAGAACAGUUGUUUUAAUGUAACACAACUAAGAGUUAAAUGUUGGAGCAUCGACUUUUAAGUUAUAAAAUAUAUAUCAUUGAUAUUU